UACAGAUCUCUACUACUAGUAGCUGGGCGGUGCGCGGCCUCCUGCAAUGUGCAACUCCGCGCCAUUAUGAAGAAGGGUGUCAAGAACUCCAUCUCUAAUGCACAAGCCCGCACAUUUGAGCUUGUCGAAGACUACAACAACAUACUGGAAAUGCUGCAUCAGAUCUUGGCUCUCGCCGUGAAAGGCCAUGGAAUUUCACCAAGCACCGGUCGAGAAGCCAAGGAACAACUCAAAGGCGAUCGAAUGGACAAGGCCUUGUCGGUGCAAUCAAUCGACUGUGCCAAAGACACUAACAGCACACCACCAGGUGAGCCACCCAGCUGUACCGACGAUAUGCACAACACAAUACCAACUCAGGCACUCGAUCCUUCCUCUCUGAUCACCGAAGAUGCUAUCAAUGUUACAAACAACACCUUAUCUGUCGAAGCCCUGGACUCUCUUCCUGCUGCGGCCAACGGGCUGUCACGAGCGACUACACCGACGCCGUCGGAUGAAUUGGCAAGUCUGUUCUUCGGCAAUGUCAUCCAGGAAUUGAUUACGCUCACUAUGGCCAUGCCACGCCACCACUUCUACGGCAUGCGGUUUGGCUUUCAGUAUCCCAAGGCUAUGGUCAAGGUCUUUGAUGUCAUACUGACGGCCAUGGCAUCGUUCAGUCACGUCAAGGACACACAACGCUCUCUGGCGCAGAUGAACUUCAGCAAUCUCAUUUCAUCGGUGCGGAACAAUGCGGAGAUGCUCAUUGACAAGCGCAUCAGGGGAAAUGUCAUGAGCGAAAUAGGCAUGAAGCAAGAUAUCUCCCUGCUCAAGAGUUUCUGGGAUUUGACAGAGAACACCCCCGCCAAGCAUGCUGGCAAAAUCUUGGCUCCCUUUGUCGCCAUCAACCGAGUGCUCCUCAUCCCCGCCGAAGAGGUGCUCGUGUCCAAUGGCGAUGGCACAGCGGUCAAGAUAGUGUUUCCACCGGAUAGCAGCAAACCAGAAGGUUUUAAAGAUGUCCAGGUGCGGCUGAUCUCAUAUGCCUGGAAUGAUGGGCAGGUCUUUGAAACGAAGCAUUUGCACAGAUACGAGCAGUUUUACAAGGAGAAUAAGAGCAAAUUCACUGCAGCGGUUUCUCCCGGGCUCGUCAUCCACUUCCAUGGGGGCGGGUUCUUGUCCCAGAGUUCGCAGAGUCACGAGAUAUACCUACGGCAUUGGGCCAAGACUAUAGGUGUCCCCAUACUCAGUGUGGAUUACUCGUUGGCGCCAGAGUUCCCGUACCCUCGGGCUCUCAAUGAGUGCUUCCAUGUGUACUGUUGGGCUCUGGCAAAUGCUCAUAUGCUUGGUUCUUCGGCCGAGAGGGUAGUCUUGGCGGGUGAUUCUGCAGGCGGUAAUCUAACGCUCGUAGUGGCCCUCAAAGCACUGCUUGAGAAUGUACAGUUGCCCACUGCACUGAUGCCCGUCUAUCCCUGCACGUACAUGUGUGAGCUAUCAUCGCCAGCUCGUUUAUUGUCCAUUAUGGACCCAUUGCUGCCUCUGGGCGUACUCUUUGCGUGCAUGGAGAGCUACACUACACCGGAACAGCGAGACAAGUAUGAUGUCCUACUGUCGCCUGCAUUGGCUUCGGAUAGUUUACUUAGACAGCUGCCGCCGGUUUAUUUGGCUGCGGCUGAACUCGAUCCGUUGCUGGACGAUAGUGUCACAUUGGCACACCGACUGUACGGUAUAGGUCAUCCCAUGGAGUACCGAGUGUUCGAGCAGCUGCCCCAUGGUUUCCUGUCUCUAGUAGGGCAUUCGGAAGACUGCAGGGCCGGGGCUGCUGUACUUGAAGGCUGGCUUAUGCAGAUGCUACACACAAAGGAUGACCAGAAUAUCCCGGAAUCGCAUGAAUCACUCAAUAUCGGAACAUUGCGCGACUCCGACAGUGCCUUACCUGGAAGUCGGAGUAGCGGCGAGGUGAAUGUGGACUCGUCUCAAAGCUUGGAUAUCAGAAACAGACCUGGAGAACAGAGUCCUGGCGGCAGAAGUGCGCCAGAGUCCACCUCCAGCUUCUUUGAUGACAUCAUGUCGUUUACCGCAAAAGGGAUUACUACAGGAAUCAAUGGGAUAAAUGAGAAGAUGAACGCACUCAAUCAGACUCUGGAUCAGAAUAUGAUGGGCUUUUCAACAGGGACCGUCAAAUCCGUUCCGAGCAUGACACACAACUCACUGUCACAACGAGGCGCCUCACAAGGCUCUCAGAAGGGUGUCAAGAUGACAAGCACAUCACCGACUGUACAAAGUCCAAUUGGACACCUAAAAUCACAAAACUCGGAUUCAUCGCAUGACGUACCGUUAAAUAGCAUGAGGGGUGGCAACUCACUCAACUCAGUUAAAAUUACUAUAUCGAAGGACAGUUUAAAUGCCAAGGAGGUAACUUAGCAGUAGCUGUGAAGUACUCGCCUGCUAUUUCAGUAAAAAAUUUCUCCACA